AUGGCCACCCGCGUACGCCACAGGCAACAGGCUGAGGAGGAGGACGCUGGCCAGCUCAAGCUCGGGUCCGAGUUCAACGAGGCUGGUUGCUUGCUCAUCUCCGAGGUUCGGUACUUGCUUGAGAACAGGGAUAAGGCCGCACCCGAUACUGCUAUCUUCAACAAGACGCUUGAGUACGUGAAGACGUUUGCCAAGUUCAACACUACAGACUCGGCCGCUGCUGUCCGCGAAACUCUCCGAAGAGAAGAAGACCUUACGCAGUUUGAAACUGCCCAGAUCGCGAAUUUAUGCCCGGUCGACGCAGAUGAGGCGAAGAGCGUGGUUCCUAGUCUUAACAACAAACUAGAGGACGACCGACUCCAGAACCUCUUGGAUGAGAUUCAGACGCUGCGCAAAUUCCAGACAUGA